AUGGCGCCACCGCAGCUGCCCAAGAACUGGCCACCCCACCUCCCCUAUAUCACCAGUCCGGCGUACAGCAAACAGCUCACACCUUCGCAGCGCGCUGCCCUCCGGCGCCAGCGGCCCGAGGACCCGGACAUCCCGGCCGCGCAGACGCCGACCAUCAGCCCCCUCGUCAAGAUCACGCCCAUCACUGAGGCCGCGCACCCGGCCUGCGGACAGAGCGGCCUCUUCACGACGCGCGCCCUCAAGCCCGGCGCCUUUGUCCUCCUCUACCUCGGCACCGUCCACGGUGAACGGCCGCCUGUCGGAGAGGGCGGGCAGGAAGAGGAGGAGGAGUCGGACUACGACCUCUGGCUCGACCGUGACGAGGCCGUCGCCGUCGACGCGGCGCGCGGCGGCAACGAGGCGCGCUUCGUCAAUGACUACCGCGGCGUGGCGGCGCGGCCAAACGCCGAGUUUCGGGAGGUCUGGAGCCGCCGGUUUGGCGAGCGGUGCAUGGGCGUCUUUGUCCUGCCGGCGCCGGGGCGGGGGCAGCCGGGGAAGGGCGGCGUGGGCAAGGGGCAGGAGCUCCUCGUGAGCUAUGGAAAGGGGUUUUGGAAUGCGCGGUCUCGGACCGAGGGGUAG